AUGACUUUCAAAGGCACCAUAGCGGUUGAGGAAGCAGUUAUCAGCCCAGAUACAGCGUGGCUCCUGGAAGAGUCUCAACAAAUUCUGACACCAGGAAACACCGGAAAGCACGCGGUUGAGGCUCAUAAAGCACGCCUAAUGGACAUUCAUGGCUCGCGCCUGAAAGCAAUGAACGCCGAAGGGGUCGAGUACAUGUUGCUGUCCCUUACAUCGCCAGGAUGCCAAGGAAUCCCCGAUCAAGACCUGGCGGAAAAAACAGCAGCUCAAUUCAAUGACUGGCUAGCAGGAGAAGUGGCCAAGAACCCCAGUCGCUUCGGAGGGUUGGCGGCACUUUCCAUGCAUGACCCAUCUCAAGCGGCAUCGGAGCUAGAGAGAGCAGUGAACGGGUUGGGGUUCUACGGUGGCAUUGUGAAUGACUCUCAGCUGACAGGAACAGACGGGUUGGAGAGAAGAUACUAUGAUUCCCCUUUCUACGAUCCUCUGUGGAAGAUGGUCGAGAAGCUCGAUGUGCCCAUAUAUUUUCAUCCUCGAUACCCCUCAGCCGCGGAACUUCGAGCAGAGGGGUCUGUUUACGCCCCUCGCAAGUAUAUGCUUGGUGUCGGCGGUCCAGUUUCACUUGGAUCUUUCCUUCCAUAUCUAUGCGAUGUGUUCAUCCGGUAA